CUGGGAGCAAGAGUGGGCUGACGUCAUGCAAUGGCGAUUUGUAACGCGCCGUCGGGCGGGUCACAAGUAAAUAAAUGUUGGUUUAUCAUUGUAGUGAUGCGUUAGCGACUCCCUGCAUUGUUCACCCGAUGGACUUAUGUCACUGUUUGGAUUACAGCUCCGCAUCGUUCGUAUUGAGCGUGGGCUGCGGAUGUGUGCCUCUGUAAUCGUCGCCUGCGUCGUUGGAGUCGAAACAAGAACAGAGUCGAGCUGUUGAUGGAGUUCUGCAGAUGAGGCAUGGAGAGUGAAGAGGUGGUCCCAUCAUGCUGUGCCUCCUCGCGCCCUGUGCUGGUGCACUCCAAGCCAUCCAGUGUAAUGAUGCACCACGCGCGGCACUCGAGCCUCGACCUGCGAGGCCACCACGGGCCCGGCAUAGCUCGUGCAGUCACACCGCCUUCGUCCAGCAGCAGCCACAUGCCACGCAAGCCGCAGCCGCACCAUCAGCGCAACUUGAGCCUUGACUCAGCCAUGCGUGUGCUCAGUCCCUCCCACCACAGUGACACGACGGAUCGUCACAGCUUGGCAUCGGACGACAGUGGCAUCUUCAACUCGGACGACGGGGAUCGGACUUCUCGCGUAAAUGUGGAGGCAGGCACACCUGCUAUGCUACCGUGCACUCAGCAGCCGCUGGUACAAGGGGUCAUCGACAAGGUCCGCUCACCAGUGUCACCACUGCAGGAGGACACCACACCGAUGCCAUCAGGGGAACGACUCGUACCUAAGGAUCUGCUGCUACGGUUGUUUGAGUCUACAUUGUUUGACAUGCCUCUUGCCAUAGACUACCUGUUUCGUUCAAAGGAGCCAGGGGUGCUUGCCUACUUAGGCAACAGAAUGUUCAGCUUCAGUGAUGCCGACGUGGACUUCUACCUGCCUCAAAUCGUUAGCAUGUACGUGCAUCACAGUGACAUAGCAGACUCCCUGCGGCCCUACCUCGUCCAAAGGUGCAGCAAGGACACGGACUUUUCCCUGCACCUGGUGUGGCUGCUGUCGGCCUUCUGCUCGGACCCCAAUGCUCCCCCUCGGAAACGCUCGCAAGGCCACCAGCUCAAGCAGCUCAUUCUUUCCGAGCACUUCCGGCCACGUGUUGCUACCGUCCAGCAAAUGUCCUCAUCAUUUUUAGGGGUGUCUUCAAAGAAGACCCAUCAGCGUUCCCUCUCUGAUGCUACUGGCAUGAGUGCUGGUGGGAGCCGGCACAUUCCCGAGUCUAGUCGCAAGGCAGCCCUGCUGGGGGACUUGGGCUCGGGUCAUGCUUUUGACAAUGGCUGCGCCUGCUACGACAGUUGCGACAGCAUUGUUGUCGACCUGCGUGGACGAACCAGGAUGGAGUGCCACUGCCAGGCACCACGCCUCACCUCUCAGAACCAGUUUAUCAAGACCCUCAUCUCCUUAGGACUCAGACUACAAGUGGUGCCUACAAAAGAGCUCAAAACUCAGAGGCUUCAAGCAGAACUUUCGCUGGUCAACUUGAACUUGCCAGCACGAGUGUGGCUCCCUCUGCACUCGGACAAGUUUCCCCACCUGGUGGUGAGAAUACCCCCGCAGGCGGCUGCUGUGCUCAACUCAAAGGACAAGGCACCGUACCUCAUUUAUGUGGAAGUAGUGGCUGUUGAUGACAUUCAGACAUCUCCUGUUCCUGCGAAGAUCCUCAAUCCUCUCCGGUUGACACGGUCGGAAGAGAACCUUCCCGACUACUUUGGCGUGCAGCCAGCCUCGAUAUUCUCUAUGUGUGGCAUGGACGACGAUGCCGAGUGCUGGACGCAGGAGGACGAUGAGAUCUCUAUGCAGUUUCUGCGGAAAGCACAAGAGCGAGACACACUGUCGGUGCUGUCCUUGGACAGCGGGACAAGUGGCGACAGCAAGGAACCCCUGUUUGUGGUGGCCAGUGAUGUGCGCCGGCGGCUCUCGGAGAACUCACACGUGCCCAAGAAUACGGUCAAGCGAGAUCCCGAGGACCCGUCGGCCGCCGCUCUCAAGGAGCCCUGGGAGGAGAAGGUGCAGCGCGUUCGUGAAUCCUCCCCGUACAGCCAUCUGCCCGGCUGGCAGCUGAGGGCCGCCAUUGUCAAGUGCGGGGAUGACCUGCGGCAGGAGCUCAUGGCUUAUCAGCUGCUCAAGCUCCUUCAGAACAUCUGGCAACAGGAACAUGUGAGCCUGUGGCUUCGGCCGUACCGCAUUCUGGUGACGUCAGCGGACAGUGGUCUUGUGGAGCCCAUUCUGGACACCAUGUCUCUGCACCAGGUCAAAAAGCACUCGCAGCUCUCGCUGCUUCAAUACUUCGAGCAGCAGUUUGGGCCACCAACCAGCGAGGCCUUCCUGAGUGCACAGCGCUGCUUUGUGGAGAGCUGCGCUGCAUACUGCCUUGUCUCCUACCUCAUACAGGUCAAGGACAGGCACAAUGGAAACAUCCUGCUCGACGGGGAAGGCCACAUCAUACACAUUGAUUUCGGCUUCAUACUUUCUUCAUCACCCAAGAACCUUGGCUUCGAGAGCUCCCCAUUCAAGUUGACGCAGGAGUUUGUUGAUGUCAUGGGUGGCCUGGACUCGAACAUGUUCAACUACUUCAAGGUGCUCAUUCUGCAAGGGCUGGUGGCUGCACGUAAGCACCACGAGCGCAUCAUCACCCUCGUCGAAAUCUUGCAGUCGAAUGCGCGGCUGCCCUGCUUCCAGUGGCACGGGGCCAGUGCUGUGCGUGCUCUCCGCGAACGCUUCCACAUGGGCUGCACCGAGGAGAGACUGCAGAUGCUCGUUGACUCCCUCGUUGAAAGCAGCAUGCACUCGCUCACAACGCGCCUGUAUGACAAUUUCCAGUACUUCACAAAUGGCAUUCUCUAGGCUGGCUUUUCUUGACCAUGGGCCGCCAAGCUUCUUGCCUGGUGGCCAGAGGUAUUCGGCUUUUUUUGCAUGCUCAGUCGUUGCAGGCUUACAAGUUAUGGCCGGCUCUUUGAGCCAGCUUCUUGGCCCAACUUGCUUGACGUGGUUCUGUUUUUUUUUUUUUUUUUUACAGCAUUGUAGCAGGACCAUUGUUUCAGAUGCUGAUAGUUGGGCCUGUGCCGAGCAAUCUUAGUAGGCCUUGUAUAUAGUACUGCAUAGGAUGUCCUCCCCCAUAGAGACACUUUCGGUGUCCCUUCAUCACCAUUGCCAACUGGCAUCUGUAAAUAAUUUUAUUUUGUUGAAGCAUUAGCCAGACAGCUGCUUCAGCUCACUAAUAACAAACAAGAUGUUGCGAACGUAAACAGCUUUGUGGAUUAGCGGGGGUGCCAUCAGUCUACAGGAUGGAUCAUAUUAUAUUUUUUAUUGAAGGUGUCUGUAUAUACCAGUGCAGCAGUUAAGACUGCGAAAUGUUAAUAUUUGGGGUUUUCUUUUCUUGAGAACUGUAUCAAAAGUGAUUUGUCAUACUGAAGAAGUACCUGGCAUGUGGUGCCAAUGCAACGCUAAGAUUCUUGUGGGGCAGAAGGACACCCCAACUAUGCCCCCCCCCCCCUUUUUUUAUUGCAGUGUGGUUCGCAAAACGCCUGCUGUUGUACUGUACUUUAUGAACAGAUCACUACGUACUUUUUCGUAUGUGCUGCGUCAACAGAGUUUGUCUUGUCCUUGCAUACACCUGGGAAGCUCGCCGGCCUUAAUUGCACAGUGGCUAGUUGACGAAGCUGCACUAUUGCUUGAUGAGAGGAAACGUCUGUUGUUGAGCUGGACCACUUUGUAAAAUGUGUGCACUGCCUUGUAAAUACAGCUGGUGAUUCUUAUGUACAUUUUAUGCAUGUUAUAAGAACCCGUGUGUCUUAAGAGUGGGAACCCUGUGGGCCGUCCAGUCUUGCUUCUUUGACUGGUGUAUGCAUUUAACCGUUAGGCUAGUGAUGUGAACGAGGACUUGCAUUGUUCAGUAGUGACCCUCUUUUGGCUAUGCUUUUACUUGGUAUGUCAUCCAGAAAUUAACCUUUCACAAACAGGAUUGCUCAAUGGAUGGAGUUGCUCAGUGAUUUCAAAGCGACUUCAGGCUUGAUAUACCUUGCCUAAACGUUGGGCUUAGCAUGCUGGUGCUGAGAUGGAGUACAGUUGGAGGUCAGAGCACUCCGGCAGUGGUACAAAAAGACUAAGCCUUUUUCCAGCAGUGAUUGCUAUAAGUCAUCAUGGGCUCUGCCUGAGUGCUCAACCUGAAUGAAGAUGCCAAUGAUGCGGAGCGAUAAGUGCACUUGUGGAUGAUGGUGCUUUCAGAGUAGCUGGAUCUUGCAUCGGCAUUCCAGUGCUUUAAUUUGGCUUGGGGUGCGCCAUACUUGAGCCAACCCCUUGCAUUGUAGCUACUCAUUUUUUGUUUUUAGCGCGUCUCAGCUUGCCAUCAUUCUGCUGCUCCACAAGUGCAGGAUGCCCAGCAGGGUGAUAGCACUUUGUUGAUGAUGAUAGUGUAAAGAAAUUGCUCCAUAAAAGUAGGCAGGUGCUGUAAAGACUAUUUUUUCAGACUUUCCUUCCUACUAAUGUGUAAAUAGUGUGCUACUAGAUACUUCAACUAAUAGUUAUAUAUGCUGUUAUAUGGCAUCCUGAGUCACAGCAAGCCUUCAUCUACUGCGUGACAACCUCUUUUGCAUUUUCUUCCAUUGAAGAAAGGUGCUUGGCUCUCGGGUGCUUCUGUGCAUGCCACCACAAAUUUUCAAGGUCUGGGAAUCUGAAGAUGGAGCCAAGCUGCAUGUGCAGUCCAACAUUGCUUUCUGUAUGCAAAAUGAAGUGUUAUGAUCAGUGUGCUGUAAUAUAAUGACAAUUAAAUUUUCUUUUCUAGUGAUUCAUUCUGGUACUUUACUGAAGUGUGCCUUUACAAAGCAGUGUGAGCACUGAUUGUCAAGCAAAAUUGUGCUUUCCCGAGGAAAGUUUUCAAAUGCGCACUCAUUUCUGUUGCUGCUCUGUACAUGGGUGGAUCAAGAAAUGUUUACUGUAGGCAUAACACAUUAAAUUUUUCCCACCUGCCUUG